UUACUGACUUGACAGGUUAAAUAAAGGUAACAUAAAAAAGUAUCGCUUGUUAAAAAAUGGUAUAGAUAUAAGAAUAGGAUAUGCUACAAAUUUGUCACCAUAAAAAAAACGUACCUAGCAGGUAUUUGAUGCAGUAGGCUGUGUAGGUACGGGAUAAUAAUAAUGACGACAGAACCCCGUAAGUUUUAUAGGCAUCUUUGUUUUAUUUUGGUUAUUAAUCUAGCUAUCGAUACUAGCAGAUUCAGACCAGAGGAAAAGGCGAAGCAACAGGGACAACUGGGCCAGCAGAUGGCGGUGUUUUGUUUCUUUCGCUCACCAAGCGAUGAUUUUUUGUAUGGAGGUCAAUAGCUAGGUUUCCAUCCAAUUGGCGAAAGAUUUUCAUGCGAAUGUUUUAAAAUCUGCAUAAAACAAUAUGCGCAUUUUUCCACCAGAGAUGUGUUUCCAUCAAACUGACUUAUUGUGGACACAAGUAUGUGCAUGAUGACGUAGUGCACAUAAAAAUAACAUUUGCUGUUAAAUUCCAAUGUACAAAUGAAACAUGCAAGUUAAAUGGGUUUGCAUUGCAUUUUCAACGCUACUGGUGGUCUCACAAAAACUUUUGCGUUAUAUAGCCAACGUGCGCUCUAGCUAAAUGGUCGCUGAUACAGUACGGGUAGGCUACCUACACUAUGAGAUUAUGGAUAAGAGCGAGCGAUAUUAUUUUAUUUGUCAAACGGCAGCCAAGCAUCAAUCAUCAUGUCACCAGAAUAUGACCCUCUAUAUUUAACGGAGCAUCCUGCUCGUCAACUGCAAUUUCAACACCAUGUGAAGGUCGUCAGAAUUUAUUUCAACUGUAAACUAGUGUAAUAGACUGCAUGGUUUCCCGAGUCGUAGUGGAAGGACCACACAACAUAUCAUCGUUGACUCCAAGUUUUCUUCAAUAUGAUGGUUAUUAUGUCAACAUUUGCACAUAAAACCGUUUCCACCGACAUUUAUCGCAUAAUUUCUUGAACAGACACAAACAUAUCCCACCUUGUCUAGUGUACGUUGUUUUGUCGACAUUUGGAAAGUUUACCGAAAAAUGUAAUUAUAUUUUUUAUCUGACAUGUACUUUACUCGCAUAAAAAGUUUCAACGCAAACCUGGUUAAUGAGAGUGUUUAAUUUGGUCAACAUAAAAAUGAAUGGCUCAUUUGCUACGUGAGGUCUUUUUGAUCGAAUAGAAGUGUUACGAAUGUACUGAUCUAAGUAGGACACGUGACAUCCCGGCAAUGUUGAGGAAAAAACACUAUACCGGAGUUGUCUCGCGAUGGCUAUGCAUAUUCAUGGUAUGAGGCUAGCGUAAUGAAGAGUGUAGUCAUAUAUAUUUUUUUUUUGAACCUUUAUUUAACUAGGCAAGUCACUUAAGACCAAUUUUCUUGUUUACAAUUACGCUUUCCCCGGCCCAACCCUCCCCUAACACGGACGGACGACGCUGGGCCAAUUGUGCGCUGCCCUUUGGGACCCCAGUUCACGGCGGAUUGUGAUACAGCCCGGGAUCGAACCAGGGUCUGUAGUGACGCCUCUAGCACUGCGCCACUCGGGAGAAGAAACAAAAAUACAGUGACUCAUGUUAGAAAUGGGGUCAAACAUUUUACAUUUGAGGUUGGACGGAUAAACAGUAUCAUAAUUUUAGAAAUAUAAUAUUGGAGAGGUAUUGGAAUGUUCGAAAUGAACUGCCGAUAUCACAGCAUUGCUGGAUAUUUGUUCUUGAAUACUUUGUGCAACAUAUCAAUUGAAUUGUCACUAUCAGGACGGUUCUAUGUGACAACCAUGAGACGGAAAAAUAGGGUCCAAUCGACACAUUCUAUUUAUAUCAUCAAAUUGCUAGGCUCUGGGCAGGGCGUUGUUGGGCUGAUAGGCACUGGGCACGAUGUAGUUGGUAGCCAUGGCGAGGAUUGGAGCUCCGGUGGGGACACCAGGGAAACGGCCGCUAGAACCAGCGAUGUCGAUGUAAGGCAGAGGAGUGCCAGAGUCCACACCGUACUUGUUCAGCCCAGAGGCCAUGAUGAGGAAGGCAGCGGGGGUCUGAUGUCCGCGGGGUGUAGCAGAGGAUGUCAGGUUGUUGCUUUGCAGAAUAUCCUCAUACUCAGACUUCCCCUUAUAGAAGUCAUAGUCCUCACGCAAGAUGUGUUUUUUUAACCUUUAUUCAACUAGGAAAAUCAGUUAAGAACAAAUUCUUAUUUACACUUACGGCCAAACCCGGACGACGCUGGGCCAAUUGUGCGACGCCCUAUGGGACUGCCAAUCACGGCCGGAUGUGAUGCUGCCUGGUUUCGAACAGAGAACCUCCCCGCUUUCUGCCACUGAUGGGCAUUGCCAGAGCGAUGGGCAGCACCGUUGUCCAUGAUGAUAGAGUAGUUGGGUCCCAUGGCAUGUCCUGUCAGAGUGGCGAUGGUAAACAGCUCAGGAGACACCUCACGUACCGCCUUCUCUCUCAUCUCACAAAACAGGUCGACCAUCACCAUGCGUCCAUCAGCGUCUGUGUUCCCUACAUGGACCCUGCGACUCGCACCGGACACCACCAACUAGGUAGCAGCCCAUAGCAUCUCUCGCCAUUGAAUACAAGCGGUUGACGUCAAUAACCCUCAUCGAAUAUUCAAAAAUAAUUACAAUAAUGCAAAGAAAGAAUAGGCGGGAGCUUGACAGCCCGCGGUGCCGCUUUGUGGACAACGACUCCGAUUGUUAGGGCGGAGGGACAUGCAUCUUGCCAUUAUAUCCAUACUAUUUGGUAUCUCGUCAUUAUAUCCAAAUCUCUGCCCAGACAGAAUCAUUGGCAGGUCGGGCUCGAAACAUAAUACACUUCCGGUUGCAUAAAAAAAUUGCAGCUACUGACACAGCUGGAGUGGGGGAGGCCUUCCACUAGUGAAAGCGAGCUACUGGGGGGAAUGGGCGACGUUUGAUCGGGAAAAGGUUGUCUACAAACUGGUUAGCCAUAUCCAAGAGAUGGAUAACGGCAGCGCCUACAUAGAGUUUGACGUGCCAGAGUUCAGCAACACCGUCCUCAACCAGCUCAACGACUUGCGUCUGCAGGGGAAGCUAUGUGACAUUAUCGUUCACAUCCAGGGCCAGCCGUUCCGMGCCCACAAGGCCGUGCUGGCGGCCAGCUCYCCGUACUUCCGCGACCACUCYGCCCUGGGKACCAUGAGCGGCCUGUCCAUCUCCGUCAUCAAGAACCCUGAGGUGUUUGAGCAGCUGCUGGCCUUCUGCUACACUGGCCGCAUGUCCCUGCAGCUCAAGGAUGUCGUCAGCUUCCUCACAGCAGCCAGCUUCCUGCAGAUGCAGGCCGUCAUCGACAAGUGCACCCAGAUCCUGGAGGGAAUCCACUCCAAGAUCAGCAGCGCCACCAGCCCAGACGAGGGCUCCCAGGCCAGCCGCAACGGUGUUAAAGACAGCAGCCUCUUCAUCAACCCCACACAGAUCUCUCCCCCGUACUACUCCAGACUCAGCAUAGAGGCCCGCUCUGAGCUAGCAGCAGGGAAAGGCCAUGGCAGGGCGCGGCACCAGGAGGAGGGCCAGUCAGACCGCCGCAGCAGUGACGGUGUGUCAGAGCAGGAGGCAGCCACGGAGGGAGAGACUGAGCAGGUGGAGCUGAUUGGGAAGGACGGCCAGGUGACAGACGUGCAUGUGAAGUUGGAAAAGACGGACCGGCCCAGCUACUCCGACAGCUCCUCGGCAGGCGACGAUGGCUACCACACAGAGCUGGUGGAUGGAGAGCAGGUGCUGGCUGUCAGUGUUGGCUCCUACGGUCCCGUCAUCCAGCCAGCCGGCUACACUUACUCAGGCCUGUCGUCCCCCUGCUUUGUGAGCCUCAGCAGCUCCAGCCCCUCCCGCUCCAUGCUCAGUGGCUUCAGGGGCGGCCGGGCCAGAGCCAAGCGCCCCCCUGUAGCCGUCCCAGCAGAGGUCCUGAGUCAGAUCAAACCAGGAAACGCAGAGGACAGCAGCGAAGCAGUGUUGGGUCAAGCAGGCUUUGAGAAUGACGUCCAGGAACGGAGCCUGCGCAGCCAGUGGUAUCCCUACAAUGAGAGGCUCCUCUGCAUCUACUGCGGCAAGUCCUUCAAUCAGAAGGGCAGCCUGGACCGCCACAUGCGCCUGCACAUGGGAAUCACACCCUUCGUCUGCAAGUUCUGCGGCAAGAAGUACACUCGCAAGGACCAGCUGGAGUACCACAUCCGCGGCCACACGGACAACAAGCCCUUCCACUGUCAGAUCUGUGGCAAGUGCUUCCCUUUCCAGGGAACCCUCAACCAGCACUUGAGGAAGAAGCACUUGGGGGCCACAGAGGGCACCAAUCACAUGGACUCUCCAGAGAGGACGGAGGGGAGCUCUGGUCAGAAAGACCCAGAGGAUGCCUCUGAGGGGAUGGCCUUUGAGACGCAGUAUGCUGAGGAGGCUCCGGCCACCGACAUGGAGGAGAGCUCAAAGUGUAGCCCUGAGGAAGCCCAGGUGUCCAGGUGUGAUUUUUAGGCCCCUGUUCUGGUUGAGGAAGCUUUAACAUGUUUUCAAUUAUUWUUUUWUUUUUUUAUGUUUAGGAUUUCUUUUGGAAGCGGCUCCUUCAAAUGUUGAACCUACCUUGUACUUCCAGGUUUUCCGCCUGUCCAUUUUAGUGAAAGUAGAAACAUAGAAUAAGAAAAGAAAAGGGUGCUUUUUAAAAACCAGAUUAUUUCAAAAGGAAGGAGAAUCAACUUGCUAUUGAUAAGGUGGCCUCAAUAAUCAAGGCCUCCUUGUUGUUUUUGUUUUCUCUUUAAUCUUUCCAUGUUUUUUAAACAUAUUUACAGAGUAAUAUAGGCAUGUUGCAAUAAUUGAUAUUAUGAAAGCUCUGCUGCUUGUCACAAGUUUUUACCUGACCUGUUUUUGCACAUGUGGCCAAAGGUGGUCACUUUACUCACAAGGAAUUAUUUUUCUGCAAGUGCAAAGCUUCAUGUGACAUAUCUGUUCAAUACCUCAUGAUACAACUACAUACUCAUAACAGACAGUAUUUUAUGAAACUCCACCAGGUUCUACCUCAUAGCUAAGAACCUAACAGGAACAGAAGUGUUUUCCGUUUAAAAAAACAAACAGUUUUGUUUUAGGAUCUAUGUGUUAUAUUUGCCAAACUCUAAGCAGAACAAUCCUCAGUCUCAACACAACGCCUUGAUACUGUAGACUAAUGUUCCUUGCUGGUUGUAUGAACUCUGGACCUUGUCCAUCAGUUCAUGGUCAACAAGGAUGUAAUGUGGUCGAAGAAAGGAUUUGCUAUAUUUAAGCAAUAAGACCCGAGGAGGUGUGGUAUAAGGUGAGUAUACCGCGGUUAAAUGCUCUUCUUACGCACGACGCAACGUGGAGUAUA